AAAAAUGGCGUAAAGUGUCUUCAGCACUUAUUUAACAAAAUUAAAACAUAUACAUAUAUAGGUUUGUUAUUAUACGCUGCAUUUCUGAGUGUACGACGUAAAUAUACCAGCGUGUUUAUUGGUUUCAGUGUUUAAGAGGAGUGUUUGAAGAUCAUGUCAUCCACACAGUGAAGGAGAAGAAGAAAAGCAUCAUGGAUGAGGAAAGUGAAGCUCCAAGAGUCAUUGAUAUGACCACCAGUGAAAAGGUGGUGGAUCUGCUGAAUCAGGCCGCUCUGAUAACCACAGAUGAAAAGCUCACAGUGCUAAAACAGGUCCAGGAGCUGAUCAUCAACAAAGAUCCAUCUCUUCUCGACAACUUCUUGGACGAGAUGAUCGCCUUUCAGACUGACAAAUCUAUCGAAGUUAGAAAGUUUGUCAUCGGCUUCAUAGAGGAGGCGUGUAAACGGGACAAUGAGCUGCUUCUCAGACUCAUCGCCAACAUGAACAUGCUGCUGAAGGAUGACAGUGUGAACGUGGUGAAGAAAGCCAUCCUCACUCUCACCCAGCUGUACAGAGUCACACUACAGUGGUUGGUGCGAUCCAAAGCCGUGCCAGAGAUGCAGGAGGCAUGCUGGGAUAUGGUGACGCAGAUGAAAGAAGACGUUUUGGCGUUGCUGGACUCUGAAAACGACGGCGUGCGAACUCACGCCAUCAAGUUCACAGAAUCGCUGAUCAUCACUCUGUCGCCGAGGACGUCGGACUCUGACGUUCCUAAAAAACAAGAGGGCGACAUCAGCCUGGACAAAGUACCCAAAGAUCACUCGUACAUCCGCUACGAUGUUCUGUGUGAGGAGGGGAAGACCGCACUGGACAAGCUGCUGAAGUUCAUGGUCCAUCCGGCUAUUUCCAGCAUCAACCUCACCACAGCACUGGGAUCACUGGCCAGCAUCGCCCGUCAGAGACCCAUGUUCAUGUCCAAGGUGGUGCAGGCGUACGAGACGCUGCAUGCGAACCUGCCGCCCACUCUGGCCAAAUCUCAGGUGAGCAGCGUGCGGAAGAACCUGAAGCUGCACCUGGUGGCGGUCCUGAAGCACCAAGGCAGUCUGGAGUUUCAGGGUCAGAUCAGCACCCUGCUGCUGGACCUCGGGAUGCCUCAGAGUGAAAUAACGCGCACGACGCCCGCACUGCGUGAACAGCGCAAGAGACCUCGCCAUGACCAAUACACAGAGGGCAAAAAGGUUAAAAUAGAGCCGGCCCUGAUUGAAGACGAUGAGGACAAAGAGGAGCCGGCCCCUCUCUCGGCCCCUAAACCACCUGCUGUUCCUGUCCCUCAGUCCGCCAUCGACGUCACGGCCGAAUUCCUGCGUCCGCUACUCAACCCCGAGAACGUCGCUAAUCUGGUGCUCAUCAGCAUGGUGUAUCUGCCCGACAUCAUGCCGGCGUCCUUCCAGGCCACGUACACGCCUGUGGAGUCAGCAGGAACCGACGCGCAGAUUAAACAUCUGGCUCGGCUGAUGGCGACGCAGAUGACCGGAGCCGGGAUCGGUCCAGGCCUCAAGCAGAGCAAAGAGAAAGGAGACGACGCAGGUAAAGAUGAAGGUGCUGACGAAGACGCUGGCGGGAAGGAUCUGCUCAUCAAGCGUAAAGUCCCAGCGAUGAUGGGUCAGGCCAUCUCUGUGGUCGGAGGUUACGCAAAACAGGCUCCGAGCACAGAAGCUCCCACAGCCGUGAAGAGGGUCCCUGAACCCAUCAUCCCCACCGUACAGACCAAACUGGCAGGAGCGAGCGGGAGAAAAAAGGUGUUUCGGUUGUCAGAUGUCGUUCAGCCUUUAUCAGAGCCUCAGAUUGAGAAGAUGACGUCUCAAACGAUCAAACGCAUCCUGCACUCAGAGAAGGCGAUCGCUCAGAGCGGCAUGUCCCACGUCAGAGUGAAGCUGCUCUCCAGACUGGUGACGCAGUUCGAAGGGAUGAUGAAAGACGACGUGCUGGAGUUUAUCCUGGACGACAUCAGGACGAGGAGCGACCUGGCGUUUUCUCUCCUCUACCAAGAGUACAACACCUACCUCGGACAGCUGCCCACCGGACUGCUGGACAGCUACGAUCACUGUCUGUACACACUGCUGUCAGGACUGCAGGAGAAACCGGAGCAGAGAGACGGACUUUUCACUAAACUGGUUCUUGAGGCUCCUCUCAUAACGGAGUCGGCUCUGGAAGUGAUUCGACGAUACUGUGAAGACGAGUCUCGUGUUUAUUUGGGCAUGACGACUCUGAAGGAGCUCAUCGUCAAACGACCGUCGAGGCAGUUUCAGUAUCUUCACGUUCUGCUGGACCUCAGCUCACAUGAAAAGGAGAAGGUGCGGACCACGGCUCUGGGUUUCCUGAAGCGUAUGUAUGAGAAGGACCACCUCAGAGAUUACAUCGAGAAGUUUGCCCUGAACUACAUGCAGCUGCUGGUCCAUCCAAACCCUCCGUCUCUGCUGUUCGGGGCCGAUAAAGACACAGAGGUGGCGGCGCCGUGGACCGAGGAGACGGUGAGACAGUGUCUGUUCCUCUACUUGUCUCUGCUGCCUCUGAACCACCGGCUGGUCCACGAGCUGGCGUCCGUCUACACAGAAGCCAUCGCCGACAUCAAACGCAGCGUUCUCCGAGCCAUCGAGCAGCCGAUCCGAGGGAUGGGGAUGAACUCUCCUGAGCUGCUGCUGCUGGUUGAAAACUGUCCUAAAGGAGCAGAGACGCUCGUUACUCGCUGUCUGCACAUUCUCACAGAUAAAGUGCCUCCGUCUCCAGAGCUGGUGGAGAGAGUACGAGACCUUUACCACAAACGAGUUCCCGAUGUUCGCUUCCUCAUCCCGGUCAUCAACGGCCUCGAGAAGAACGAAGUCAUCCAGGCUCUGCCGAAGCUGAUCAAACUCAACCCGAUCGUAGUGAAGGAAGUGUUCAACCGUCUGCUGGGCACUCAGCACAGUGAGGGAAGUUCGUCUGUGUCGCCUCUGACUCCAGGAGAUCUGCUGAUCUCCUUACACAACAUAGACUCAACCAAAUGUGACAUGAAGUCUAUUAUUAAAGCGACCAACCUGUGCUUCGGGGAGAAGAACGUGUACACAUCAGAGGUUUUGGCGGUGGUGAUGCAGCAGCUGAUGGAGCAGAGUCCGCUGCCGAUUCUGCUCAUGCGAACCGUCAUCCAGUCGCUCACCAUGUACCCGAGACUGGGAGGCUUCGUCAUGAACAUCCUGUCCCGCCUCAUCGCCAAGCAGGUGUGGAAGUAUCCGAAGGUGUGGGAAGGCUUCGUGAAGUGCUGCCAGAGGACGAAGCCUCAGUCGUUCAGCGUGCUGUUGCAGCUUCCGCCCGCUCAGCUGAACAGUGUGUUCGAACGCUGCCCAGAGAUGAGAGAACCUCUGCUGCUUCACGUCCACUCAUUCACACUUCACCAGCAAGCUCACAUACCGGCCUCCAUCAUGGCCGUCCUGGAGGUCAACAAGAAACCAGAACCGAAGCCUGUGGAGCCUUCUGAGGAGAAAGAGAUUGAACCGGUUCCUGAUUCAGCCGGUCCAGUUGAAGCCGAGGUUUCCACCGAGGCUGCAGAAGAGUCCGAACCAGCCGAGCAGCAACAAGCGGCGGUCACCACGACGAGAGACGAGGAGGAAUCGAUGGAGCAAGAAGAAGCUGAUGCAGCGACACAUGAGGAGACGGUCGACACGGCUCCUCAGGUGGAGUCUGCAGAUGGAGGAGACACACCAUCACCUCAACCAGAACCGGAGGAGGAGCCGAUGGAGGCGUCCGAACCCGAGCCGACAGACCACCAGGAGCCACCGAAAGACGACGAAGCAGCUGACGUCUCCGGGCCCGAGACUGGAAGCAGCGGCGAGGACACAGAAUGACAAAAGCACUGAAAAUACAAAAAGAACAUUUCUAUCCUUUGCAGACGUCCCACAAGUUUCCCUGAAGUUCUUGUCAAGAAUAAUCCUUUCCCUUCUUUUUUUUGUUGUAUUUGUAGAAAAAAACAGAUUUGUGGAAAUGUGUGUAUGAAAGCGUUUAAUAUGCCUUCAUGUCACGACGAGUUGGCGAAUAAAUCAAGAAAUCAC